AAAUGAUGCCGGUCGAGGAGCUACACACAAAACACUGACAUCUUGUAUUGAAAACUUAAAGUGCAGAUAGUGUGCAAAUAGUUUAUUUAUCUUAUUCAAUGGUGGUUUGAGCUACAUUUGUAGCAUGUUUUUGAUGCAUAAGGGAUAAAAGUCAGAUUUUAUGGACAGACAGAGUGGCAGAAUUGAUGGAAUAAUGAGGGCGCAUUCACGGAAUCCGAAUUUUUUCAGAUUUCCUACCGCAUGUUUUUUAAUUCUUUUUCUUGCCAUUUCUAAUGUGCAUUCGGCUGUUUUUUAUGGACAAAUUGUGGAAGGCGCACCUCCUGGAACUGUUGUCGCUGGCUUUCUUUUUCCUCUGGGAGACAAAUGCAAAGAAUUAAACUUGGCUGGACUUAAAACAGUUUUGACAGGGGAGGACUCGUCGGAUUUUUCACUUGAAUAUCUGGACAACGCAGGAUUCGUUUUAAAAACCACCAAAACUUUUAACAGGGGAUCCAAAUCGAGCUAUACAGUGUGCGCGCGCUUGCCGCGCUGCAGUAAGACAGACGAAGAAGUGUCAGUCAAGAUCAAGAUACUUGAUAAAAACAACAAUACGCGACAAUUUAACGUAACAACCGACAGGAUAGAGAUUCUUGCCGAUGUUAAAAGCCGAGUUAGGAAGCCAAGAACCGUUUCUGAAGAAGUAUCCUACACCGUUACAGUUUCUGAAGAUGUGAAAGUCGGAGAUUUGAUCUUUACUGUACCGGACCAGAAGUUCGAGAAGAAAUGGUUCGAGGUGGUUUCGGACGGAAACUCCCCGGUCCAGAUGGAAAGAGACUCCGGACGCGUGUACUUAGCGUAUCGUUUGAUGUCAACAGCCGAGGUCAUGGUCAAAAUCCACAACAUGAGAGGUGAUGAAUGGUACCUGUGCCGUCUGACUCUGACUCUCCCCAACCUGUCAGAUCUUCAGUGGGCCAUGUUCCCCUACCCCUACCUGGCAGCCGUGGGCCCUGACACUGGUGCUGGCUCUGUGGUCUACAAGCUCGUGGCCCGAAGUGGCGAUGGCUCAGUGGGAACAGCUCACUUCAUUUUAGUUGAUGGUGGAGAAGAUUCAUUUGAAGUGGACCGAGCAACAGGAGAAGUAAAGACCACAGGGCGACCUCUGACCCCCAGUAAGGAGUACACACUGACCGUCCAGGCUGUGGACUCGCAGGGCAGGAGGGGUCCGCACGCCUCUGUGUUCAUACUGGCCGGCUUCCGGCCCCCUCAGUUCACCAACACCACCUACACGAUCUACAUCCCAGAGAGCACCGGGGUGGGCCAAGCGGUGGCGGUGGUCCAGGCUAUCUCUUUCCAGAGGAAGACUCUGUCUUACAUGCUGCUGGUGAACCCAAGCAACCUGUUCAGCAUAAACCAGGAGAGUGGCGCGCUCAGCCUGACACGAACUGUGGACUUUGAGAGUGGACAACAUCUCCAUCACCUGCAAGUCAGAGCUUCCGAACCAGAUACUGGACUGAGCAACAUGGCAGAGGUGGUGGUUCACAUCACAGAUGAGAAUGAUUGCACACCAGAAUUUAUGCACUCCAUUUACAGUCGAGACAACGUCCCUGAGACCACCCCUACUGGCACAUCCUUACUGCAGGUUCUGGCACGGGACUGUGAUACAGGCCUUAAUGCAGAACUGUCCUACUUCAUCCAGAGCGUGGACUUUGACAUCUCAUCUCAGGGAGUGGUGAGCCCCAGUCAGAGGCUGGACUAUGAGAGACCCAACCACAUGUACGAGUGCACGGUGGUGGCUGUGGACAAGGGAACGCCCCCUCGCACAGGCACAGCCUCCAUCCGAAUCCGCAUGGCCAACGUCAACGAUGAAGCCCCUGUCUUUUCACAGACUGUAUAUAAAACCUUUCUUUCGGAAGACGCCGGCCCGGAGACGCUAGUGGCCAUUGUGCACGCCAAAGACCCAGAUGGGGAUGGCGUAACAUAUGCCAUCACCGGGGGUAACGAAGACAGCAAUUUUGAGCUGGACAACCAGAAGGGCAUCAUCAAACUGCGGCGUAGUCCUCCUCCGAAACUGCGCGGACCUCAGUAUGUCCUCAACGUCACAGCGACUGAUGACAACGCAGCCGGUGGGCCACUCCCCCUCAGUAGCUCCGCCCAGGUCAUCGUUGGCAUCAAUGACAUCAACAACAACAAGCCAGUAUUUGAUGAGUGCAACAACUACAGCGUGAAUGCACUGGUCCUGGAGAAUCAGCCCCCAGGAACUUUUGUGCUGCACGUGCAGGCUCACGACGCCGAUACAGGGGUCAACGGGGAGGUCAAGUACGGGAUAAUGCAGAGGGACGGGGCCUCACCCGGGUUCACUAUCAACCCUGACACAGGUGUUAUUAGUACGGCGGUAAGUUUUGACCGAGAGAGGCAGCGAGAGUACACACUAUCAGUCACGGCGACGGACCAAGCACAAGAACCCCUCAUUGGCAUCUGUCAGAUCACUGUCCUCAUCGCUGACCAGAAUGACAACGACCCCAAAUUUGAGAAUAGCCGCUAUCAAUACUUCCUGCGAGAGGACACGCCGGUUGGGACGAGCUUCCUGAGGGCGGCGGCUCAUGAUGAUGACCAGGGCACCAAUGCAGCCAUCACCUACUCUCUGUCCCAGCAGAACCCAGCUUACUUUCACAUCAACCCCAGCACAGGAUGGAUCUACGUCAACCACCCCAUCUCACAGACAUCACGGAUCAGCCAGCAGAUCAUCGCUACAGACGGAGGAAGUCGGAGCAGCUCGGUCGACCUCACUGUCAUCAUCACCAAUGUGCACAACCAGCCCCCGCAGUGGGAGCAGGCGGAAUAUUGGGUCACGAUCCCGGAGAACACACCCCGCGACACCAAAAUAGUGACCAUCAAGGCGACGUCCCCUCUUGGUGACCCCAGGGUGACUUACAACCUGGAGGAAGGUCAGGUUCCCGAGACCAACAUGCCUGUGCGCUUCUACAUCAAGCCUAACCGGAGGGAUGGUUCUGCCUCUAUCUUGGUGGCAGAGAAUCUAGACUAUGAGACGACGCGUUUCUUUACCCUCCGAGUACGUGUACAGAACGUGGCGGCUGUACCACUAGCUUCCUUCACCACUGUCUAUGUCAACAUCACAGACGUCAAUGACAAUGUUCCCUUUUUCAUGUCAUCCACGUAUGAGGCGACGGUCCCAGAGGGUGCGGAGAUUGGCACAUCAGUUGCUCAGGUCUCAGCAACUGACCUGGACUCUGGUCUCCAUGGAAUGAUUAACUACAUCAUUCUGAAGGAUCAAAGUGGUGACUCGCAGUUCUUCAGCAUUAAUUCCUACACAGGCAUCAUCCACACCCGGGCCACCUUCGACCGUGAACAAAAAGGGUCCUACUUAAUCGAGGUCCAGUCUCAGGAUAGCUCAGAGUCAGCCCGACCCGGUCAGCAGGGCCAACCCAACACAGACACAGCCUACGUGAGGGUUUUUGUCACAGAUGUUAAUGACAAUGCUCCAGCCUUCUCUCAGCCUGUAUAUGAGAUCAGCGUGGAGGAAGACAAAGAAGUGGGCUUUGUGGUCAUUACCGUUACAGCUAACGAUGAAGAUGAAGGUGCCAAUGCCAAACUGCGGUACCAGAUUACCUCUGGGAACACCAUGGGCACGUUCGAUGUGGAGCCAGAGGUUGGCACGAUCUUCAUUGCCCAGCGGCUAGACUAUGAGCAGGUGCAGCGCUACGAGUUACGGCUGGUCGCGUCGGAUGGAAAAUGGGAAAACCAGACAAUGGUUGUCAUUAACGUCAUCAACCAGAAUGAUGAGGCACCCCUUUUUACUCAGACUGAGUACCACGCUAGCGUCAUGGAGGAACUUACAGAGCUUCCUGUCCUUGUACUAGAGGUCUCAGCCACUGAUCCAGAUCAGGAGGCGGACCAGCGUGCAGUGCGGUAUUCUCUACAUGGGCAGGGAGCUGGUAGCGAAUUCACCAUAGAUGAGAUGAACGGUAGGAUCUUCGCCCAACGUCAUUUAGAUCGUGAGGUUCGCUCGGCCUGGCAAUUCCUUGUACUUGCCACUGAUGAGAAUGGAGCAGGUCUUACUGGGUUUGCUGAUGUUCUAGUCGAAGUGCAGGAUAUCAAUGACAACGCACCUGUUUUCCUGUGUGCAACGGACAACUGCUUUUUAGGUCACGUGCCUGAGAACUCCCCAGCGGACACUUCCAUAAUGGAGAUGCGGGCCACUGAUCUAGAUGAUCCAAAAGCUGGGAAGAACGCUAUCCUUACCUACAGAAUUGUUCAGAAUGUGCGCAAUGAGAUCAAUCUUAACCUCUUCUCCAUCAACCCAGCCACUGGCACAAUUUAUACUGUUCUUCGCUCUUUGGACAGGGAAGUGGUGGAUCGAUACCUCGUUGUGGUAGAAGCUCGUGAUGGAGGAGGACUUUCAGGCACAGGAACAGCCACCAUCAUAGUUUCUGACGUGAAUGACCAUCCUCCAGUGUUCACCCAGAGGGUCUACAUGGCCUCUAUGCCAGAAAACUUGGACAUCAACAGUGAGGUAGUGGUAGUGGCUGCCACCGAUGGUGAUGAAGGUGAAAAUUCGGUCAUGACAUUUAGUAUCAUUGGUGGAGAUGAAGACCGCAAAUUCUUCAUCGAGACUGACAAGGUGAACCGUCGUGGCAUAGUGAGGCUAAAAAAGAAGAUUGACUUUGAAAAGCCACAUGAGCGCACAUUCAACUUGACAGUCAAAGUGGAGGAUGCUGACUUCUUUAGCCUGGCCUACUGCAUCAUUCAGGUGGAAGACUCCAAUGACCAUGCUCCAGUCUUCUUCCCACAGUUCUACGAGGCAGGAUCUAUGUUCGAAGACGUUCCAAUAGGCACCAUCGUGGCACAGGUGACAGCCAUGGAUCUGGACUCUGGUCAAAAUGGGAGAUUCACAUACAGCAUCGCCUCAGAAUCAGACCCCUUUCAGCAGUUCCUGGUGGAUAAGAGUGGUUGGGUUGUGGUAGCUGACUCUCUGGACAGGGAGAAGGUGUCUCAACAUAGGCUUAUGAUCCUGGCCACAGACAUGGGCAGCCCUGCUCUGACUGGCUCUGCCAUCGUGCUAGUGACCGUACAAGAUGUCAAUGACAAUGGACCAGAGUUUGAGGCUCCAUAUCGGCCCAUUCUGUGGGAGAACACUAUUGCACCACAGGUCGUUCACAUGAACGACACAUCCAUUCUGUUGAAUGUUAUUGACAGAGACACAUCAUCCAAUGGAGGACCUUUUUCCAUCCGUCUGCUGAUGUUGACCUCUGACGUUACUAAUUUCAACUUGACUGAUCUGCGGAACGGCAGUGCCAUGAUAACCGCUCUACGCAGCUUUGACCGGGAACAGCAGAAGCAGUAUCUUCUUCCCAUCCUGAUGAUUGACAGCGGCUCUCCACCAAUGAGCUCCACCAGUACACUCACCGUCAUAAUUGGAGAUAAAAAUGACCAUCCCCAUGCACCUGGACACAGCGAGUUCAUAGUGUACAACUUACAGGGUACACUCCCUACGACGGUGCUUGGACAGGUUCAAUCCCCUGACCUUGAUGAUUGGAGCGAGAAGGUUUACAAGUUCGAAGGCAAACCCCCCAGGCAGUUCAGCCUGAACCAAAAUACCGGUCAGCUGAGCAUCCGAGAGGGAACACCAGCUGGAUUUUACAGCCUGCAGGUGAGGGUGGCAGAUAAGAGCUGGCCUGAUGUCACCUCAUCGGCCGAGGUCACGGUGAUGGAGCUGGAGGAGGAGGCGCUGAGGAAUGCUGGGUCCAUCAGACUGGCCAACCUGACUGCAAAUGAAUUUUUCCGAAUAUCAACGAAUGAGGAGAGCCGAUACAUGCGUCUCCGCCGCCUCUUGUCCGACCUCUUCCAGACUGAUAUGGAGAAUGUUGAUGUCUUCAGCCUGGCUAGUGGCAGCCAGCCAGCUCAGCAUCACCUCAGCGUGUGGUUUGCCGCCCAUGGCUCGCCAUACUACAAGCCCGAGAAACUCCACGGCUACGUGGCAAUGCACAAAGCUAAGUUGGAGUCUGCUCUGGGUGUGACCAUUCUACAGGUCGGGGUGGACGAGUGCACCUAUGCAGCCUGUGGUCAGACAGGUGGCUGCUCUAGCAAGGUGACAUUCAGUGACACCCCUAAAACACUGAACAACGGGAAUGUCUCUUUGGUGUCUGUCUCAGCCAAAGCAAGCGCUCAGUGUGGCUGCCUCGCUCGAGAGGGCGUUCACCUGCACUGCUCUUCAUACUCGUACAACCCUUGCCUGAACGGAGGCACCUGUGUGGAUAGUGAACUAGGCUACAGGUGUAAAUGUCCCCCUAUGUUUGAUGGACCAGAAUGCCAGCAAACCAAGCACAGUUUCCUUGGGAAUGGUUAUGCUUGGUUCCCUCCCAUAAGGCCUUGCUUCCAGAGCCACAUCUCUCUGGAGUUCAUCACAGAAGCAGGCAAUGGCCUGCUGUUCUACAAUGGCCCAAUGGGAACACCUCAGCCUGGAGAAAAAGAGGACUUCAUUGCACUGGAGCUGAAAAAUGGAGUUCCUGUGCUGAGUGUCAAUCACGGUUCGGGGACCCUAACACUGCAGCUGCCCACGAGAGCCACUGUCACGGACCGCCGCUGGCAUCACCUGGACAUCAUCAGCGAUGGCAAGACUGUGCAGAUGAUUCUGGACCACUGCUCUGGUGCUAUGGUGAAUGAGGUGGAAGGCUUGGGAGCUGAGAUGUUUGAGACUGAUCAGUCGGUGUGCAAGGCCUCCGGAGAGACGCCAGGCAGUGAAAGGUUUUUGGAUGUCUACCAGCCUCUCCAGCUGGGUGGGGUUAAAGAGACACACUCACUCCGUAGGUCACACCCCCAUUACAAAGGAUUUGUGGGAUGCAUGAGGAACCUGGUGGUGGACAGUCAGGUGUACGACCUCGGCAGCGCAGCAGAGAGUGAGAACAGCACCCCGGGAUGUGCCCUAACAGAUGGUGUGUGUCUGACCGCUGGAGGACCCUCCUGUGGGGUCCAUGGGAAAUGUCUGGGGGAAUGGGGCUCCUUCAGUUGUGAUUGCCAUCCUGGAUAUAGUGGACACAAGUGUGACAAAGCCCUUCCUGAGUGGUCGUUUGAGAAAGACAGUGUGCUGAGGUACCAGCUGAGAGGUGGAGGAAGUCCUCGCAAAACCCAAGCUCACUUCCUACUGAGAACCCGCUCCUCCAUGGGCAGCCUGCUCAGCAUGGCCUCACGUGACGCCAACGAGUUCAUUAUUCUGGAAAUAGUAGAUGGGUACCUCACUGUCCGUGCUAACCUUGGGGACGGCGCUCACUCUCUGAAGCUAACAGGUCAUCGUGUGAACCUCGGCCAGUGGGUCUUUGUCAGCCUUCACCGCCAUGACAACAUCUUCACCCUGCGACUGGAGCAGGGUGGGGGUUCGCGAGAGAUCACGGGGGUCCUGGGUCAGAAGAAGGAAAUAGUAGUUCACCCCUCCAGUGUGUUUCUGGGAAACAGCGCCACUCCAAACACACAGGGGGACUUUCAAGGCUGUAUGCGGGAUGUAAGACUGAACGGUCACUCUCUGCCGCUGGAUAGUCAGGGCACAGAGUUCAGUACUGUGCUGGAGCGCCGAGGAGUCGUGCCCGGCUGCCACUCUGACGCCUGCAGUGCCAAACCCUGCCUGAGUCCACUGUACUGCGUCGACCUGUGGAGGAAACAUGAGUGCAGGUGUCCAGCCAAUCAGGUUGCAGUGGUGGAUGAGGUCACAGGUCUUUUGCAUUGUGCCCCGUCCCCCUGCGGCCCCACCACGUGUCGUAACGGUGGCACCUGUUUGGCUCACUCCACCAAGAACUACCAGUGCCGCUGUCCAGAGGGCUUCAGGGGCCAGUGGUGUGAGAUCGGCCAGGUCAAAUCUCUCCGUCUCGCCGCGCUCAGCCCGAGCUCCAUCCUAGCCAUCAGCAUGUGUCUGCUCGUAUUUUUCGCCGUGCUCGUGGCAGUGACCGUAUGGAAUCAGAAGGGCAGCCGGAAUAAGUUCCGCAAGCGAGGUGUUUACCACAUCCCAGCGGAGCACGAGAGCUGGGAGGACAUCCGGGAGAACAUCCUCAACUACAACGAGGAGGGAGGAGGAGAGCAGGACCAGAACGCCUAUGACAUCACCGAGCUGAAGAGGCCGCUGUGUUCCAGCUUGUCCCAGUCCUCCUCCUGCACCACCGCCCCACUCAUCAAGUCGUCCCAGGGCUCUCAGGAGGAGGUCCAUCCCUGCGGAAACAUCACCAAUGGAGCCACCCUUCCCUACCACCACAACGCCAGCUGCGGCGGUCACUGCUCCAUGGACUUCAAGAGCUACGUGUCGCGAAUCAUCUGGGAGGCCGACAACGACAGCCUGGCGUUCCCCAUGGACACCUACCACGUGUACUGCAUCGAGGGAAUGGGCUCCAGCGCGGGCAGCCUCAGCUCUCUGGGAUCGGCCAUUUCAGAGGAGGCCUUCAGCUAUGACUCCCUGCGGCGCUGGGGCUCCAAGUUCGAAGGCCUCAGUGAGCUUUAUCGCCGACCGGAGCUGGCCAUCCCCUACAUGGACACGGUGCAAAGCCAAAGCCAGGAACAACAACAAUAACCGGACAACUUCAAGCCCAGCGUUUGUUUUCGUGUUAGUGUUUUAUAGCCUUUAUAGGGUUCCAGUUUGAACGCUACAAAAACGUGUCCUAAGAAACGGUUUCUGUUGAUUUGUGAUACACAGCUUUAAGGGUGAGGAGCAGCUGAGGUUAGAGGACUGAUUUGUUUUAUUUAUUGAGUGAAAUAUUAAAUGUACUGUAUUUAUUUUUGCUCUGAUAGGGAACAAAGCCAGCGAAUCAUCAGGACUUCACCAUGAUGAACACAUCCAGCGUGUCACAACUGAGGUGCGUUUUAGUGAACACACGUGACUAAUGCUGCGUUUCAUUUCACUUGGAAAUCCAGCUUGCUUUCUGGAAAUGUGCAUUAGAAUGCCACUUUAAUGUAAGAUUUUCAUCUUAGAAGCUUGCACGGAACUUUGAUUUUGCCAAAAUGUGAAUUCACACUGCCGUUCAAAAGUCUGGGAUCGGUACGAUUUUUUGGUUGUUGUUGUUUAAAAAAUACAGUAAAAAUUUAUAUUGUGAAGUAUUAUUACUUUUUAAAAUAACCUUUUUAUAUUUUAAUGCAUUUUUUAAAAAAAUAUGUAAUUUAUUCCUUUGAUGGCAAAGCUGAAUUUCUAGGAUUUUUUGAUGAAAAGAAAGUUAAAAAGAAAAGCUUUUGAAAAAUGUAAUGAGACUUUACUGUCAUUUUGAUCAAUUUAAUGUAUUAUUGCUGAAUAAAAGUAUUCAUUUCUUAAAAAAUAAUAACAAAAAGAUAAAAAAUUAAAAUAAAUCUUACUGACCCCAUACUUUAACUUAAACAGGGAAACCAUGGUACUGGAAAACCUAAAAUAAAUUAAAUUAAAAUAAAUAAAAUAAAAUAUUUAAGUAUUUCUUAGGAUAGAAAAUAUUUCAUUCAUUGAAUUCUAUACAAUCUCUAAAAAAAAGAACCAUUUAAAAAAGUAAUAAUUAAAUUAAAUUAUUGAAGUCAUCAUAAAUUACUUGAAAACUGAUGGACAUGUCAUGGAAAUUGCACAGAAAAGAAAAAUUUGUCAGAAAGUUUGGGAACACUGCUUGUUUAAUACCCAGUUAACAAUAAACAUUCACUGCAUCAAUGAGACAAAUUUCCUACAUUUAUACACUGAUGAAACCUGUUCAGUUUGCAGUGACAGGUGUAAAACACUAAAUGAUCUUCUCCGGAUCAUCAUACACCAGCAGAGCCAUUAUGUUAUUUUAUGUCAUUCAGAAUCAGACCACAAAACAUGGUUGAAAUUAAAUGGCUCCCACAUCCGCAUCUGAAUGGAGCGCAGCAUUAUUCCCAGCAGUUUACUGAUCAGGGCGUAACGUUUUAGAAAUCUGCACUUGACCAAAACUCUUGCUUUAAUCGACCCAGCUGCACUGGUAAUGGACGCCCACUUCUGAAUUUUAACUCUGAAGCAUAAAUUUGCCAAAAGAGGGUCAUGAAGACACCGACAGACUUCAUAGGUGACUGAUGUGCCAAUGAAUCACAAAUCCGCUCAUGCAAAAAGAGCAUAAGUUACAUUACUUUCGGUCAGUGGCGGUAUAAAUCUGCAUUAUGCCAUGAAUAUUCAUUGUGUAGUUUUUUUCUUUCUUUCUUAGUGUGUGAUGCCAAUCAUUUCUGAUGCUGGUGGUGAAACGUGGCGACACUAUCGUCUGUCUCACAACACCAGAUGAAUGUAUUGUGUUUUGAGUAGCCGAAGAUGAAACUCCACUGUGUCAAAGUCUGUUUUAAAAGAUCAAAUGUGGCCAGACACAGCGCAAAUACAAUCAUUAAAAGACUUAAGGAUAUUUUAAAUUGCAAUAUACUUACAAAGGAUCUGUAUAGUUCUAUUUUUAUUGUUGUGAAAACGAAUAUUAGUCUGCUCAAAUUUGCAGGCUGCGUUUUUGUAAGAACAAUGAGCCAUAAGAUUGUUUUUUUUUUCAGUUAGGUUAGUCCUCUAAUAAAUGCUCAGCAAAACCUAUACAGCAACAUAAAUAGAGUUGAAGACACAUGGCCAUUGCUCUUUUUCUGGAAAGGUCCAGGCAAUGUCACUCCAUGCCGCUUGUAAACCUUCUAAUAAGAGCAUAAGGUCAUUGUCACAAUGGCUUAUAGUUGACUUGAAAUGUUACUUUCAGCCCAUCACAGACCUGUGCUGCUCGUUGAACCAUGUAAAUAAUGUAAAUACAGAAAUACUUUUUCUAGGGCCUUAACAUUUUCCUUUUUGUAUAUGAAUUUGAAUAAAUGAACUGUUUUCCUUGGGCAACCGUGAGAGCGUGGUUAUAUUGUCAUGUUUCCUCAUCCUAU